CAAAACUUUUCCGCCUCGUCCUUCUCCGGUCCCGAAGGAAUCGCACAAUGGAAUACUUUCAGACGAUAUGCAGGAUCUGCGAAUCGCAGGAAAAUCUGUGCGAUCUAACGAACAAGCUGAACGAAAGUGUUGCGGCUAAGCUGUCUUCACUGACCACGAUCCGGAUUCAGCAGGACGAUACGUUGCCCCGGUGCAUUUGUAUGGAAUGCGUCGGUGCACUCAAUCUGAGCUACGACUUCUUGCUUCGUUGCGAGGCUGCUGAACAGAAGCUUCAGGAGGAAAUACAAGAGCUGCUGAAGGGUGAAGUGGCGAUCGAUGUAAGCGAGCAGAAGCCACUGAUUGAAACCAUCGAGUUCUUGGUGGGUGAAAACGUUGAUAUUGACGAGCUGGUUAGCAGAAGUCCCGAACAGGAGCUCGACGUUUUGAAGGUAGACAACCAAGGUGAAUCGGCUGAGCUAUCGGAAGCGGAAAUGAGUGAAACGGAACAUCUAUACAAAGCCCGAUCGGAUGCCUAUGCUAUCGAAGAGAUUCUCGAAGAUGCGGAAGAAACUGACGGUGAGAGUGAACUGGUCGGCAACGCCGAUAGUUCUGUUAUUAUCUACCAAGAGCAACAGCAACAAGACGUCAAUAACCCAACCCCAACACAAGUUCAAACCAGUCCCGAUGCUGGAAGCAAAAAGUUCUUCUGCGAGACUUGCGGGGAAGGGUUCGAAAAGUGUACCGACCUGUAUAAGCACAACAAACAUCACGGAAAGGAACGCUUUCAGUGCAAAGAGUGUGAUCGUUGGUUUUCGCGGCGAGCACAUCUGCAAAGUCACGAAGUAAUCCAUACCGGGGAACGGAACUAUUCUUGUCAAAGUUGUCCCAAUUCCUACACAAGUAGUCGCAACCUGCGAAGGCACGUUAAAAGUGCCCAUUUAGGCGAGAAACCAUUUGUCUGUGAUCUAUGUGGAAAGGAAUUCUCGCAAAAGACUAUUCUGGAAGCGCACCACAGUACUCACGUGCAGGAGAAAAACUAUAGCUGUUUGAUUUGUGCGAAACGUUUCAAAUCUAACAAACUACUCAAAUUGCACGAAACUAGACAUGCUCGAAGUGUACAACCGAAGACGGUUGCCGAAGCGGUCGAAUGUGAUGUUUGUCAUAAGGUUUAUUCGAGCAAGAUUUCCCUCCGAAGUCACAAGCAAAUGCAUUCCGAUGCCAAAAUCUUGUGCACCUUCUGCGGGAAAAGUUUUAAGGUAAGAGCCCAUUUAAAGGUCCAUUUGCGAAGCCACACCAAAGAGCAACCGUACGAGUGUGGAGUGUGCCACAAAAAGUUCGGCUAUGAAACGUCCCUUCGAACGCACCGGUUGAUCCAUUCGGGUGAACGUCCGUACAAGUGCGACGUGUGCGAGCUUUCCUUCAAGCAGGUUAACCAUUUGAAGGCACACAAAUUUCUGCACAGCGGACAGAAACCGUUCGAGUGUCUGGUGUGUCGCAAGUCGUUCGCCCUGCGCGGUAAUCUGACCAUUCAUAUGCGCAUACACGGCGAGCAGGCGUGCAGUCCGUUUCAGUGCUAUCUAUGCGAGGGAAAGAAACUUAACGAUUCAAAUGCGCUGAAGCGGCACCUGAAGGCACAUCCCACGGCUAAGGUUGUUAAAAUCGGCACCCUGACGGUUAUUUUAGAUACCGAGCAGGAAGAGGAUCCCGAAGACGAUCAGACUAUGGAGAGUACGGUGGAACGGUUGCUGCUGGAGGCGGGAGAAGAUGGUAGCUAG